AUCAGGUCAGAAGGAGCAGGUGGAACGAACACGGAUGAUUCAGGUAUUUCAAGUGAGGCGGUCAUAAGCAGAGUAAAUAUAAUACUGCAGGAUGCUACUACUAACAUAAACAAUCUUCAGUACAGUACUCUGAUGGCUUGCGGUGAGGUUAUUGGGGAACUGCGUAUGCUUGGUGAAACAGAGGGUGUUGUGGUAGAUACAGCAGCUAUAGAUGCCACUCUCACAGCUAUUGAGUCUACUGAACAGACUCUCCAGGAAUCUGUUGAACUGCUCUCUAGUGCUGCCGAUGCAAGUAGUAGUGUUCUUGUUACUCAAGAAUCUUCAACAUUUAUAGCUAACAUGGAAGUUCAGUUCCAAAGCUUUGUAGAUGCUGUUGGGACUGUGACAGACGAAUCAUCUGUUAUAGAGGAUCCAAUCCUGUUGGAACAGGCUACGUUGUUCUCAAGUUCAUUAAUUAAACUUAGUUUAAUGAGUACUACCAUCUCACAGGAAAUACUUCAAGACCUUAAAUCCAGUUCUGAAAUUCUGUUCACAUCUGACCUUGUGGAAAAUCCUCGAUUUGUACCUGAUCUAAAAGCUGCCGCAUAUUUUGUGUUAGAUUCAGACAUUUCAUUAAGUCAAGUCAUUGGAGGCUUUGCAGUUGGAAGCACUCUGCAAAAGUCACAGACACAAGGAAAGUUAUUCGUUAGUAAAGGAGCUCAAACAAUACUGGAAGAAUUUAGUGUUGCUAUGACUGGAAUAAAGGAAGCAGGAGGUACUACCGAUCCAGACCCUGAAAAUGCCUCAGUGUUACAAAUGAAGAAGAUCAUACAAGAUUCUAUGAAUAUUCUAGGAGAAUGGACCUCUGGAAACAUUGAAGAAUACCAACUAGAAAUGUGUAGAGGCUUCUUGCGGGAGCUUCCUAGCCUCACAGCUUCCCUGGAAGAUUUUGCUCCACUACCUGAACUUGAAGACUUAUCCGUUGAGAUGGAGGCUGCUACACAGUCCAUUACCACGACAAUAGAAAGGAUAAAUAGCGAGGAAAUAGAAGAUCAGGAAGAUGCUGAUACUGAUGGUGUUUUUAUGUAUUGUGGUCAGCUAGAGUCAUUUACUGGGGGCAUUGUUGAUAUUGAUGAAAAUGGAAAUGAAGUAGAGCUACAAGAAGUAGAUGCUAUGUUAACAUUCUUACAAGACGUUUCAGCUGAUCCUCUCAGUAUUGAUAUGGCGUCCGUGCAAGGUACGGUACAACCUUUUAUGAACGUUAUGCAGGGAGUAGAAGCAGGCACUUCAGUUAAAAACUACAAAAAAGUUACACAACUUUUAGGAGACAUAACUGAAUCAUUAGCAUCAACUAGGCAAUCUACCAUAUUUACAAGAGCUGGAGAAGCUGGUCUGGCAGUGAUGGGAGGUAUUCCAUAUGGUGGAAUUGGUGAAGAAAGCAACGCUCUUACUGCUGUAUUAGAGGUCCAGGAACUAAGUAUGAUGGUUAGUUCUAUGACAACCAGUACAUUCUCAUUAUCAAGAGGGUUAGUUCGAGAAUUGUCAGCAGCAGCACCUAAGCUACAAAUGGCAAUUGGAACAUAUAAUGGAAACAUAGCAUCCCUUUCAAUACUUGAAGAGAAUUUGGCAGUCUUUUCAAGAUCAACAAAUAAUUAUGCUUUCUAUACAACACAAGAAUAUGUUUCCACGAGAACAUUCCAGAUUUUAGAAGAAUCAGCAAGCAUUAUUGCGGCUGCCACAACUGCCCUAAGAACACUCACAAUGAGCAUGGGCAGUGUAGUGACAUAUGAAAGUAAUGAACAGAUUUCCAUGGCCUUUGAAAUGUUAUCGCCAUUUGCUGCUGACUUAUCCACUCUUCCGCUUGACCUUAAGACACAGCUAGAGGAAAUCGAUUUCAGCAGCGUGACCUUGCCUGAGAGUGAAGAUACUGGUAUCGAGAAACUAUUAGAGGUUUAUACCAUAAUGAAUGGUCUCAAUGAAGCCAUAUCGAGUUCAACCUUAAACACCCAGUAUUUGGAAUCCUUAGCUAAAACUACACCGGCAAAUGAUGCAAUGACAAGCAUUAUCAACAGCCUGACAAGCUUUAUGACCAUUCCUAGUGAGGAUGGUGAUGAUAGUGGAAAUGAUGGCGAUAGCGAGGGAGGAGAUAGUGAAAAUGAUGGCGAUAGUGAGGGAGGAGAUAGUGAAAAUGAUGGCGAUAGUGAGGGAGGAGAUGGAAGUGAUGCUGAUGGAGAUGGAUCAGAGGGUGAUGGAAGUGGAGGCGAUGUUGAAGUAGACGUUAAUGCAAUAAUUGCGGAUGUUAAGGCAGCAUCAGGCAACUUAUUUGCAAAUGGACUUGUGAUGCCAGAAGGGGACGUAGAAACGCUUAUCGCUGCCAGUGAAACACUGAGCACCAUCUCCCCAACAAUGGGAGCUGAGCUUGCAGACAUACCUAGCUUGAUUUCUGAAUUAUCUGCAACAUCUACUCAAGUGAGCCAAAGUGUGCGUGGGUAUGGGACAGCAAUUCAAAAUAAGUUAAUGUAUUCCAGUAUUGAAGAUAUAGCUACCGUGUCCACUCUAAUAAAAUCAGCAGUCAGUGUAGGUGUUCCUGCUGGUGCUCAGGACCUUGUUGAUUCUAUGGUUACACUCUUUAAAACUUUCGUAAUGGGUUCAGCUUUUAUCUCUCAAGAGGAUGUUGUUUCCGUAAAAAGUCUAGCAUACCAAUUCAGUGUUAUGGCUGAUGGUAAUGCUGGUGUAGAUGUUACUGAGUUGAUGGAGCUUAUUGAUCAGACAGAAACUGUGCUGCUGGCAACGCAAGGUUUCCUAUCUUCGCAACAAUUAUUCUUUAAUAGUAUGAUGGAAGAAGAGUUCGAUAUGGAGGUAAAUAAGGCCAAAUCAGAACAAAAUUCUGCCUAUCAACAAUACUACUUCCUUAGUGCCAUGGACAGCCUACUAACAUCUCUCACUGGCAAUCUAACAGGAUUGAUUGAUGCAGGAGGAAGUGGCGAGGAAAUGAACAAAUCGUCAUUAACAAGCAUCCGCGCUGCUCUCACUACUGCUAGUGCCGAUAUGGGAUCUAUGGACAUGAACCUUGUUAGUGGGAUUGGAAUGUCCUUAAUUGGCAUCCAAGAGGCGCAAACCAGCGGGUUAUCUGUCGAUGUAACAGAGGUUGAGAAUCUUCGUAGUUUUGUGGAAUCUGUCCAAGUAACAUUCAAUGAUGAAAGUAGCAUGAUGGAAGGCUAUGGAAGAACCAUUACAGAUGUUUUCGCGGCUCAAAAUGCUCUAAAUACUCUGGACGCAUUUGAGAGUGAAACUAAGAUUUGGUUCGGUGAAGGAGAUGGAGCAGAUUCAUCAGGUGGAGAUUCAGGCGAUGGAGCAGAUUCAUCAGGUGGAGAUUCAGGCGAUGGAGCAGAUUCAUCAGGUGGAGAUUCAGGUGAUGGAGCAGAUUCAUCAGGUGGAGAUUCAGGCGAUGGAGCAGAUUCAUCAGGUGGAGAUUCAGGUGAUGGAGCAGAUUCAUCAGGUGGAUUCAGUGAUGGAGCAGAUUCAUCAGGUGGAGAUUCAGGCGAUGGAGCAGAUUCAUCAGGUGGAGAUUCAGGUGAUGGAGCAGAUUCAUCAGGUGGAGAUUCAGGUGAUGGAGCAGAUUCAUCAGGUGGAGAAGACGGAGAUGAAGGUGAAGAAGAUAGUUUGCAAAGCUUAGUAACCGAAGUCAGUGAUAUACUCAUGUCCUGGACUUUCGACAGUUCAGCCGUAGAGGGUAGUUCCGUAGUAACGUUCGAGAGGGCCCUGAAGCAACUUACAUCUAUGUUUGAUGUUGCUAGCGAAGGCGAUAUUCCAGAACUACAGAUAUGGAAGUAUAGUAUCGAAGAAUCAAGUCUGUCAGAGUUGAUAAGCAGUGUGUACUUGGGAACUGCACAAGAAAGAGCUGGUAUUGAGGAGGUAGCUUAUAGGUUUAAUUCGAUUCACACAGUCCUUGGAGAUUUGUUAGAAAUUCUUGGGGGUGGGGAUUCUAGUGAAGGGGAAGAAGGAGGUGAAGGUAAUGAGGGAGACGGAAGUGAAGGUGGUAGUGAUGGUGGAGACGGAAGUGAAGGUGGUAGUGAUGGUGGAGACGGAAGUGAAGGUAGUGAUGGAGAGGGUAAUAGCGGAAAAUUAACCAAGAAAGAUAAGAAAGCAAAGGAAAUGAACGCUAACAGAAUAUAUCAGAUAACAACGGAAAUUACUUCAAUCUUGAAUGGGCUCGAAUCCCCGAAGGACAUAAGGCAAGACCAAAUCAAGAAGAUGAAGAAGUUUAAUAAGGAACUUAAGAGCUUGCUGAAGGUUGAGGGCGCAAACUUAGGUGAUGAUGACGGUGCCGAACUAAAAGCUCUCGUACAACAACAAAUGGACGGUUAUGGUGAAGCACUAGAAUUGAUGACUACCUAUUCAGAAGAGGUCUCCAGCAAAGUACAAAUCAUGAAGGAAAUCUCUUUCUUCCAGGAAAUCGUGAAUUUCCUACAAUAUUCCCUAAAUUUGUUUGAUUCAGCUGAUGGAAGCAGCAGUGGUGCUGAUGAAGGUGAAUCAGGAAGCGACACGGGAGGUGGAUCGGAUGGAGGUGACACAGGAGAUGAAUCAGGUGGAAGUGACACAGGUGGCGGUGACACAGGAGAUGAAUCAGGUGGAAGUGACACAGGUGGAGGUGACACAGGAGGAGAUGAAUCGAGUGGCGGUGACACAGGAGAUGAAUCAGGUGGAAGUGACACAGGUGGAGGUGACACAGGAGGAGAUGAAUCGAGUGGAGAUGACACAGGAGAUGGAGAUGGAGGUGAAGACUGCAGUAUUGAAGAUGGUGUGUUAUGUGCCUCUGAGCAGUUGCUAGAAGCGCUAAAGCUCGCGGAAGCAGGAGGUUCAGACAGCGAAGACGACGCAGCAGGAGCUUCAGACAGCGAAGACGGCGCAGCAGGAGGUUCAGACAGCGAAGACGGCGCAGCAGGAGGUUCAGACAGCGAAGACGACGCAGCAGGAGGUUCAGACAGUGGAGGCGACGCAGCUGAAGGUGACAGCAGUGACAAUGGUGCCAGCGGUAUGGACAGCAGUACAACUUUCCGGUAUCAAAACGUACGGGAAAAAAUGCACGGUUUCUCCAAGGCAAUGAGACACUUCAGCAAGGAAGAAAGCGGCUCCUUAGCUUCCGCCAAAACCCUGAUUGAGGAAGCUAAAGUUAUCGCUGAAAAAUUUGUUACAGAUCUGACGACCGAGUCAAGUAGCAUGACGUCGUUCACUGAUGUAUCUGCACACUAUACAGCACCAGAAGUAACUGUCACCACUUCCUAGUGACAUAAUCCGAAAGUGAUAUAGCAAUAUAUCAUAUAUAUAUAUAUAUAUAUAUAUAUAUAUAUAUAUAUAUAUAUAUAUAUAUAUAUAUAUAUAUAUAAAUUGCAUUUGAUCAUGAAUUAUUUUUCGUGUAAUUGUUUUGUCAAUUUCCAUUUUAUGUUUCUGCACACAUUCAACCAAAUUUAACCAGAAUCAAGUUGUAUCCUGCACUGCAAUGGAAAAUGUGCACUGAAUACCUAUGUAAUACAAAUCAUCUCUGGAAAACAGAUUAAAGACAUCUUAAUAAAGAUAUUCAGUGCAA